AUGCAUACAUCCAUGUUAUACAAGUACCUAUGCCUCCGCAUACGCAUAUGUGUAACCGGGCUGUAUAUUUUUGUGUUGGUAGUUGUCCGCGUCGGUGAUUUUAGUUUGCUGUUCUUACUUAUUUAUUUGUCCUCCAAACUCCCCGUAACCGCUGAUAUCAUCUCGAUCAUUUCACAUGAGGAAACAAAGGAAAAGGGAGUAAAAGUCGGCUUCCCCAUUGUCAUAUAUAUAUAUAUAUUUCGUAUAAAUUUCCGCGUGUGUUUACAUGUACAUGCGCUUGUGUGUCGGUGCCAUUUCGUUGGUUUUCCAUCUGCUGUACUGAGUUGUUUGAUUUUGCUCGUGUCAUCUUCGGCACAGUGUGCAUAA